AACUAGGAUGCAGGGAUGUUAAAAUGGGCUUGUCCUACCCAUUUACGUCCAAACCCGUUUAAUUUUUGUGUCCAUAUAAAGUCCAUUUACUUAACAAUAUUAAACGGGCUUCGUCGGGUUUGUCCACAUGUGUCCAUUUAAUAAAUGGGUUUUGAUAAAAAUAACUGGACAGCCCAUUAAAUUCAUUUAAUUUUUUUUUCUCUUUUUCAACCUAAUCUAUCGUCGUUGUUCUUCCUCCUUCUUCACCUCCUUGGCUCUUUGCCUCCUUACGAAAGAUCAAACUGCUCCAAAUGAGUUUCUGAUUCGAAUCACGAAGCUUCUAGGGUUUUGAUUUGUCUUCUAGAGUCGUUGUUCUUCACCUCCGUGUCUCCUUGCCUCCUUUCAUCUCGUCACGAGAUUCUCGUGUCUGCUACUUCUUCUUCUUCACUCUCUCCAGCUCGUGUCUUCCUCGUAUCAUACAAUCAAGAGAUGGACUAUGAUACUGUGCACACAAUGGCGCUUCUUGAAGCUCAACGUGAAUACAUGGACAUGAAUGAUGAAGAUGUUGAAUUUGAUAUAGAUGAAGAAAUGGCAGAAACAGAAACAGAAGCAGAAGCAGAAGUUCAGUGUGAACCACAAGCCACUGCAUCAACACAAGCAGCGAAACCUCAACGUAAGCGUCGAAAAACUUCACUUGUUUGGAAAGAUUUUGUACUAGUGGGGGUAGAAGAGGAUGGAAAAGAAAGGGCUAAGUGCAUUCAUUGUGAUUCAAAAUUAGUGGUUGGUAAGACUCAUGGUACAAAUCAGUUGAAACGGCAUUUAGAGUUUUGUUCUAAGAUGCCUAAGAAGGUAGAUAAGCAUGUGUAUGAUCAUAUGGUAGAUCGUGAGAUGGUUACUGAGUCUAUCAUUUACCAUGAUCUACCAUUUCGAUACGUGGAAUAUGAGAAAGUUAGAGAAAGAGAUAGGUAUUUAAAUCCUGACGUUCAACAUAUCUGUAGACAGACUGCUGCUCUUGAUGUUUAUAGGAGAUAUGAAAUAGAGAAAGAGAAGUUGAAAGGGCUGUUUGUGAAGCACCGUGGUAGGGUUUGUCUCACCGCUGAUUUAUGGGUAGCUCGUCCUCAAAACAUGGGUUAUAUCUGCUUAACUGGACAUUAUAUUGAUGAUGGCUGGAGAUUACACAGCAAGAUCUUAGAAUUUUGUGAGAUGAAGUCUCCACAUACUGGUGAGGAAAUAGCUAAUAAGGUUUUUGAGUCAUUGAAGGGAUGGGGUUUGGAGAAGAAGGUUUUCUCGAUGACGUUGGACAAUGCCACCAACAACAACAGUAUGCUGAGAAUCCUCAAGGGUAAGCUUCAGAUGAUUGGUGGAAGCGAUGGAGGUUUGUUGUCUGAUGGUAAACACAUACAUGUGAGAUGCUGUGCUCAUAUUCUAAACCUCAUAGUGAAAAGUGGCUUAGCAUUAGCGAACAGUCUUCUGCAUAAUAUCCGAGAAAGUGUUAGAUAUGUGAAAGCAUCGCCACAAAGACAAGAAGCAUUUGCGGCAUGUGUAGAGAGAGUAAGAAUUACAAGUGGAUUGGGGUUGUCACUUGAUGUUCCUACUCGCUGGAACUCUACAUAUGAGAUGCUUUUCAGAGCUCUCAAGUUUAAGGCUGCAUUUGCUAGCAUGGAGUUGUAUGAUCCAAAGUAUAAGACGUUGCCUACAGAGGAUGAGUGGAAACGUGGGGCAAAAAUCUGUGACCUUUUGAAGCCAUUCAGUGCUAUCACGACUUCUUUUUCGGGUUCAAAGUAUCCUACUUCGAAUGUCUACUUCACACAAGUAUGGAGGAUACAAUUGUUAUUGAAGAGAUAUGCAGAAUGUGAUGAUGAUGGAGUGAGAGAAAUGGCCAGAGAGAUGCAAGUUAAGUUUGAUAAAUACUGGAAAAGUUACAGUGUAAUCUUGGCUAUGGGAGCAGCUUUAGAUCCAAGAAUAAAGAUUGAGAUGCUUGAAGCUGCUUAUAAGAAAUUGGAUCCCUCUACUUCAAGUUUAAAGAUAAAAGAACUCAAGGAUAGUUUGUCUGCACUCUACAAAGACUAUCAGAAACGGUCUCAAACAAGUUCUUCAGGUGUUUCACUCACACCAACUCCACAAGAGAUUGUCACAGAAUCUCCACUUGAAGAUUAA